GGACAGGCAGGGACAGGCGCCGCAGACAUGGGGCCCGGCCUGGCAGCCGCCGGGACGCUCUGCGCCGCGCUGCUGUGCGCUCGACUGGCGUCGCCUCAGCCGCAAUCGGUCACUAACUCUACAGUGCACGCGACAAACAUACCGCAGCACGAGAAGCAUCGCUUGAUGGAGAUAACUGUGAUCAUCACAAAUGAAACCAGUUCCAGCGAACAGAUGAUCAGAGACAUUAAAGCGGGAAAACAGGACGGUAGGGUAAUUAGAGACGACAAAGGAAACACCAUAGCCUUCACGAACGGCGUCGUGCAGAAGAGACACGGCACACAUUCGCGUCGCGCGCGCAGUCGCGGGAGACACGAGGCGAUGAAAAUGUCCAAGAACUUUAAGAAGGAGCACGAACUCAAAGGAAUUGUCAGUAUCAGCAUCGCACCAGGACACCCCGGGAACACCGACCCGCCAGGCGAAACAAAUGAAGAGACGAAGCUCACAACAGCUCAAGACGUUCUUGAAAGUGACAAGAUGAUGAAAACAUCUGCUUCCACGGAAACACGCGAAACGCACGAACAAACAACAGCCAAGUCUUACGAUUACUUCACGCGUAGCUUUAAGCCACGGGAGGAAACAUCAACUGCAACUAAUGCCGCGACCACAAGCACGAAUGAACACGAGGAGUUGAAACUUCGCCACGGUUUUGACACAACGCCCACCGAUCAGAUAAAUGAAAAUAAUCUAGUGACUACAAAUUCUAAUCCAGGAAUGAAAACACACGUGAAUAAUGAAGACAAGCUGAAAAAUAUUAAUGGAUACACUACGCACAGACUUGAACAACCCGUUGGAGCACAUUACACAAUUACUGAUCAAUCUACAGACACAACUGCAAAGGAAGAACAGGAAAGAAUCGAUUUUCAUGUGUUACCAACUGUCAGCCUAGCCACACACACAAAUAAUAGCAAUAAUAAUGAUGUUUUGAAACGAAACUCACGAGAAUCAAUUUUCUCCACCAAUCAUGAGACAGCAGGUACUGCUCCAGUCAAGAAAAUAUACGACCAUAGAAGACAAAUGAUUUUAAAAUUAAUCGAAUACCCUAUACCUAUUCUUAAACAUCUUGCUGAAAAUCCAGUCCCACCUACAGUUAAAAAUGUGUAUGAUGAACUGCAGAAACCCUACAAUUAUGAGUCAAUUUCCUUAAGAACAGCACAAAAAGAUAAAUUGGCGGGAACAGUUCCUUCCAGCAAAGAAGCACGUGCUAACACUGUAAAAGCUCAUUCAAAAUAUUAUGAAUAUUUAACUCCCUUACUCAAAGAUAAAAAUAAGAAGUCAUUUGCUGCUUCAUUUGUAGGCACAUAUGACAAAGAAGACUACUACGAGACAUCUGCAUCUCAAUUAGCAUACAUGUAUUACAAUGAACCAAGAAAAACAAAAUACAGCUCUUUGACACCUGGACUUUCAGACCAAAAACAAUCAAUCGAGACAGCUGCCAUUCCAGUUGUAACUGCAGCUAUGCAUGAAGAUAACCAAAAGAGCACAGAUAGCAAGACACGACAAAAAACAUUCUUAAACAUAAACUAUGGCAUGCAACAAAGACAUGGUAGGCCAUAUGAAGUUAAUGUACUUGGAGCUUACAAUAGUGGAAUGAACCCAAUACACAUUCCAAAAAAAAUGCAAUUGAUUUAUAUGAAUACUGAUCUUCAUGGCAAGCCAAAAAUCUAUAGAAGCAAAUAUAUUCAAUAUCCAAACAUGCCAACAUUUAUGACUCUAAACAAUGAAACAUUGAGUGACCCUAUUAAUUAUGAAGAGCAAGUAAAAUACAUGAAAAAUUUUAUGAAACACUUGGACCAAAAUAUGGCAAUGUUCCAAAUCAAAAACUACAAUCGGAAAAGAGAUAAAACUAUUUCUGGCACUAAAUUUUACAAUAAAUAUGAAUAUUAUCGCCCACUAAAAUAUAUGUUGGGAGCUAGUUCAUUAGAUCAUAGUCCACAAAGCAUUCACACUAUUCCGCGCACAAAAGACAUAAUGGAAAAUGAUUAUUCAGUUAGGCCUAAACAUCGCACUUUUCAAGACGAACAAAUGUCAAAAACGAGGAUUAAAUAUCCAGGAAAAAAUGGACACCAUGGAAGGAGAACAAUUGGAAAAACCGACAAUGUCAGAAUCGAACCGCCGAACUACCAAAAAACAAUGCCGUUUAGAGACACCAAAUUGCCAGAAAACACAGUGGCGUCAGACAACACAGACAGCUUCGAGUACAGCACAAGCCGCACACAAGAGAGGACCGAGGUGGACAUGACCCGCGUGUCCUCGGAGGGGUCGGGCCACGCGCCGGUCGACUUGGAGUCGCCGGUCGACUUGGAGUCACCGGUCUACUGGGUGAAGAAGACUCUGGAGCCCACCGACGGGCCGGCGACGAGGCGGCUGGAGGUAGAGUUGGAGGUCAGCCAACUUGGCGUCGUGAUGCCCAACAGACACGGCCUGGUGCGGGUCACGCUGAUCCAGGUCCCAGAACAGCUGCUGGGGCAGAAUGUGGAGGAGAACCUGAGGCAGCGUGUCGGCAGGCACACCCAACUGAUGGUUCAACUUGACUCCCGCUACGACACUUCCAGAUACAUGACCGUGCCGGAGUUGCUGAAGAAUGGCUACGUGUGGUUACUGCAACCGCCCGUGCCGCCAGAGAAGACCAGGAGGAAGAGGAGGCGAGGCAAGAACAAGAUACACGAGGGGCAAACUGCUUGACCUGCGGCGGCGGCGAGUCCUGUCCUAGUGCAGCACUGGACCAACAUCAGUGUCGAAUAUAACCAAGGCAAAUAAACGCUUGGAGACUCAAAUGCACAAAACAUUUAGACACAUGUAGGUACAGACUACUUCACGAGGCUUCAUUGAAAGGUAAUGCCUCCAAGGCCAUAUUUUCCUUCAUUCUUUUUGUAACUGAAAACCACAUGUGUGAUCUAAGCAAUGUUCAUAUUUCCUUUCCUCCAAGGUGUUGUUGGUCUUUUGAAAACUGAAGGAAAUAUCAACCAACAUGAAGAUGAGGUUGAAACAGCAAGGUGUCAUUGAGGUUUUGACAGUUGAACGGUACGAGCCUAUUCAAAUUCAUCUUCCCAAAGAUGAAACAGUGCCUUUCAUUCUGAAGACAAGGUAAAAGCUGCCAUUCAAGCCUGGUGUCAACAACAACCAGAAUUCUUCUCCUACGGAUUUGCCUAACUAGUCACGCAUUGGUGCAAGCGCUUGGAAAGGGAUGGGGACUUUGUCGAAAACUAAAUAGUGCAGUACAUAGAGGGCACAUGUAACUUUUAGGUACAAUAAAAAUUGUGAAAAUCGGGUAUGAAAUAAAAAAAAUUAUGUCAGUGAAAGCAAUACUUUUCAAUCAACCCUUGUAGAUUGGUGAUCUCCAUUACAGUCGUAGAUUUGUUCUGCCUUAAAAAAAAAAUCUUCUUGA